ACCCUAAUCCCUGUACACCAUCAUCAUGAGUGUUCAGCCAAGGCGGAUACGGUUGAAGCCGUGGCUGCUGGCACAGGUGAACAGUGGGAAGUACCCAGGUCUUCACUGGCUCAGUCCAGAUCACAAACUGUUCCGAAUUCCCUGGCGCCAUGCCACACGUCACACACCCACCUUGGAGGAGGAGAACACCAUAUUUAAGGCCUGGGCCUUGGAGACAGGGAAGUUUCAGGAAGGAGUAGAUGAACCAGAUCCAGCCAAGUGGAAGGCCAACCUCCGCUGUGCACUCAACAAGAGUCGGGAGUUCAGACUCAAAUAUGAUGGCACCAAGGAGACUCCUGUUCAACCCUAUAAGAUCUAUGAGGUGUGUGACCAGCCAGUCAACGAAGAUGAUGAUGAAGAAGAAGAGAUACCGAAUUUUCAGCACCUCUCAAUCGAUCCCAGAAACAACGAUCCUCCAAGCUACCCAGGAUUUCCGGCCAACCGCAUCAACGUGAAUCAGUAUACCACCACUUACCUGAACCCUCAUAUGCCUCUGCAUGGUAAUCUCAAUGGCAGCAAUGCCAUAACAACAGACUUCUCCCAGCCCACCAUGACACCCUCUGAGUUUCCGUGUCAAGUCCCGAUUGUUGACGUGGACUCGACUGGAUUUGUGCACAGCAGAGGUCUGUCUGACAGAUGUGGCGUGGACAGCGGGGUUAUGUCCGUUCCCACACUCGCAGAAAUCUCCGUGCCUCCGGUUGUCCCUUCAGUGUCCAUGGGGGAGAGCCCAAUGCCAGGAAUACAGACUGAAGGGGAGAGUCAAGUGCAACCUUGCAUCUAUGACCUUUUGAGUAGUCCUCACAUGCUACCCUUAACUGACCUUGACAUCAAGUUCCAGUACCGGGGUCGGGCAGCUGGGUCUCUGACAGUGAGCAACCCUCAGGGCUGCAGGCUCUACUCUGGCCACCUAGAGCCCACACCUGAGCAAGUGGAGCUAUUUGGCCCAGUCACUCUCCACCAAGUCCUGUUUCCUGGAACUGGUGAAAUUCAGAAUGAUAAGCAGAGGUUUUACACAAACCACCUCCUCGAUGUCAUGGACCGCGGACUGAUCCUGGAGAUCCGUGGGCAAGACAUCUACGCCGUGCGACUUUGCCAGUGUAAAGUGUUCUGGUCAGGGCCUGGAGUGCCAGAGCAGGGCCCGCCCAAUCCCAUGGAGAGAGAGAGGAAGAUUAAAGUGUUCAGCCUCAACAGCUUUCUGCAGGAACUUAUCCUGUACCAGAAGGGCGAAACUCCCACCCCUCCUCCCUUUGAAAUCUACUUCUGCUUUGGAGAGGACUGGCCAGACAGAAAGCCCAAAGAGAAGAAGCUGAUAAUUGUUCAGGUGGUGCCGGUAGUGGCUCGGAUCCUCACAGAGAUGUUCUCAGGAGAGCUCUCCUGGUCCACAGACAGCAUCCGUCUCCAAAUCUCUAACCCUGAUCUGAAGGACCAGACAGUAGAGCAGUUCAAAGAGCUGCAGCGGCUGCUGCAGAGUCAGCACGCUCAGGGCCCUUGGAUCCAAAACAUCCAGUAGCAUUGGAUUCUCCACAUUAAAUGGUCAUACAGUAGAAAGGGCCCUAUAACUGCUUUACACAAUACUGGCAUUUUGGACCAAGCAAUGCUGGAAUGUCCCCACUUUUGCUUGUGCCGUGAUGUUUUUGUGGAGCAGGAGUUCUUUCCGCACCUCCAUUGAACACCAGUGCUGCUCCCUUACUGGAAAAAAACCCCACAUCUGACUAUAAUUUCCCAUUGGAGACAAUUUCCUUUGGUCAUUUGUU